CCACACUGAUAUUCUUCAGUGCCUGGAUCCAGUUCACCCAGUGUUUGCCAGCCUACCUCAAGAGGCUUUGUACGUAUUGUGCCCUCUUCUUGGCAUCCUUCCACUGUUGUUUGCAUGAUUAUCUUCUUUAACCUUGAGCUCUCAGCUUUAAUCUCACCGCCUCAGAGAGACCUUUCCUGGUCACUCUAAAACUAGGUCAUUUUCACUCCCUUAAUUCUCUCAUUGAGAGUGUGUCCUUUAGUAUCUGUGACAACUUUAUUUGUUGACUUGUUUUUGUUCUCUUUUCCGUUAGAAGGUAAUCUCCAUGAGGGCAGGAACCUUGUCUCUCUUGCUCACCAUGGUAUCACCAGCAGCUAAUUUACCCAGUGCAUGGCACAUAGUAACCAUUCAAAUUUUGUUGAAUGAAUGAAUGAAUGAUACUCAGUAUAGCUACUCUGAAAAUCUCAUGUGGUGGUGAUUAGACCUGAGUUCAAAUUCUGGCCUUGUUGCUUCCAAGCUGAUCCUGUUUUAUCAGCUGUAAACAGAGGAUAUGAGCGCUAAUACCUUCCCAACCCCAGUGGGGUUUUAAGGGACCUAACAAAGAUAUUUCGUUUCUUUUUUUUUUUUAAGAUUUAUUUAUUUUUAUUUAUUUUUGGCUGCGUCGGGUCUUAGUUGCAGCACAUGGGCUCUUUGUAGCAGCACAUGGACUUCUCUCUAGUUGUGGCGUGCAGGAUUUUUUUCUUUCUCUAGUUGUGGCACACAGGCUCCAGGGCGCGUGGGCUCUGUACUUGGUGGCACACGAGCUCUAGUUGAGGUGCGCGAGCUCAGUAGUUGUGGCGCACAGGCUUAGUUGCCCCGCAGCAUGUGGGAUCUUAGUUCCCUAAAGAGGGAUCGAACCCGUGUCCUCUGCAUUGUAAGGCGGAUUCUUAACCACUGGGCCACCAGGGAAGUCCCCUAAAUAUCUUUAUUUUAUGUAUCUAUUUCUACAAAUUGACUUCUUUUAAUGGCUCUGAAUCCAUAUUCACCUCAUAGUUCGCUUAGCUUUUCUCCAGUUGUUAGGCAUUCUGUUAUUCACUGUUACUAUCUGUAGUGCUAUAAAUAUCUGUAUCAGUCACUUUUUCCCCUUCUGAGUUAUUUCUUUGGGCUAUAUUCCCAAAUGAAUCAAAGAACAUAGUUCAGUAAGUCUGCUCAUUUAGAUCAUUACCUGAUAAAUGAUGACACCUUAAAAAUUGUAAAAGUUCUGUGGAUGUAAUGGAUGCUCUAGUGAUCGUGUUAUGAUUGAUUUUAUUGUGACCUCCUCCCAGAGUUUAUGAGUGUAACAAACGCUGCAAAUGUGACCCAAACAUGUGCACAAACCGGUUGGUGCAGCAUGGACUGCAGGUUCGACUGCAGCUCUUCAAGACCCAGAACAAGGGCUGGGGUAUCCGCUGCUUGGAUGACAUUGCCAAAGGCUCCUUUGUCUGUAUUUAUGCAGGCAAAAUCCUGACAGAUGACUUUGCUGACAAGGAGGGCCUGGAAAUGGGUGAUGAGUAUUUUGCCAAUCUGGACCAUAUCGAGAGUGUGGAGAACUUCAAGGAAGGAUAUGAGAGUGAUGCCCCCUGUUCCUCUGACAGCAGUGGUGUAGACUUGAAGGACCAGGAAGAUGGCAACAGCGGUACAGAGGACCCCGAAGAGUCCAAUGACGAUAGCUCAGAUGAUAACUUCUGUAAGGAUGAGGACUUCAGCACCAGCUCGGUGUGGCGCAGCUAUGCUACCCGGCGGCAGACCCGGGGCCAGAAGGAGAAUGGAUUGUCUGAGAUGCCUUCCAAGGACUCUCGCCCCCCAGACCUUGGGCCCCCACGUGUUCCUGUCCCUCCAUCGAUCCCUGUAGGUGGCUGCAAUCCACCUUCCUCUGAGGAGACACCCAAGAACAAAGUGGCCUCGUGGUUGAGCUGCAAUAGUGUCAGUGAAGGUGGCUUUGCUGACUCCGAUAGCCGUUCAUCCUUCAAAACUAGUGAAGGUGGGGAAGGUCACACUGGGGCAGGCAGAGGGGAGGCUGAGAAGGCUUCCACCUCAGGGCUGGGCCUCAAGGAUGAGGGAGACAUCAAGCAGCCCAAGAAAGAGGACCCUGAUGACCGAAACAAGAUGUCAAUAGUUACUGAAAGCUCUCGAAAUUAUGGUUACAAUCCUUCUCCCAUGAAGGCUGAAGGACUUCGCCGCCCACCAAGUAAGACUAGCAUGCAUCAGAGCCGACGACUCAUGGCCUCUGCUCAGUCAAACCCUGACGACAUCCUGACACUGUCCAGCAGUACAGAAAGUGAGGGGGAAAGUGGGACCAGCCGGAAGCCCACUGCUGGUCAGACUUCAGCCACAGCUGUUGACAGUGAUGAUAUCCAGACCAUCUCCUCUGGCUCUGAAGGGGAUGACUUUGAGGACAAGAAGAACAUGUCUGGUCCAAUGAAGCGCCAAGUGGCAGUAAAAUCAACCCGGGGUUUUGCUCUUAAAUCAACCCAUGGGAUUGCCAUUAAAUCAACCAACAUGGCAUCCGUGGAAAAGGGGGAGAGUGCACCUGUUCGUAAGAACACACGCCAAUUCUACGAUGGGGAGGAGUCUUGCUACAUCAUCGAUGCCAAGCUUGAAGGCAACCUGGGCCGCUACCUCAAUCACAGCUGCAGCCCCAACCUGUUUGUCCAGAAUGUCUUCGUGGAUACUCAUGAUCUUCGCUUCCCGUGGGUGGCCUUCUUUGCCAGCAAGAGAAUCCGGGCUGGGACAGAACUCACCUGGGACUACAACUACGAGGUGGGCAGCGUAGAGGGCAAGGAGCUGCUUUGCUGCUGUGGGGCUAUCGAAUGCAGAGGGCGUCUUCUUUAGAGGACAGCCUUCUUCCUAACCUUCCGAACCCUUCCUGAACUGCCCUUUCCUCAGGAACUGGGUCUUCCUGACUGUUGAAUUCUGACCCCCAAGUCUCUAGUCUGGCUACUCCCCCAGCUCCUAGUAGAUAGAAAUGGGGGUUCUGGAUCAGGAGAUCCCUUCCACUGUGGUGCUAGCAGGCAGGGCCCCUCCCCCACCUCCUGAGGCAUAGAGGUGGGAGAGGUCACCACUCUCACCUGGGCCUGACAUCCCUUCAGUCCUCCUGUUGCUCACCCCUCCCAUCCUACAUUUGUUCACGUGUUCAUGCUUCUAACAGACUUUAUUCCUAGAAUGAGGGCUGUGUAUUUUAUUAUUCCUGGUUUGUAUUAUUUCUUGAAAGUCUUUUAACAAGAUGUUAAAACUAAGAUUGUGAUUUGAUUUCUCUCCCUCAGCUCCCAAUUCUGGGUCUUUUGAUGAGAGAGCUGUUCUCCCCCAUCCUUCCCAGUAGGCAGCUGUCAUUAAUCUUGACCUUUCUCUACUUUUGCUUUUUCUUACUUGCCAUCUGAAAUUUUUAAAUGUUACAUAACCGCGAGGAAGGCAUGAGGAAGACUACCUUAGUUUAUUUAGUUGAUAUGAUCCCUCUUCUCAGUUCUUAAGAGUCUCAAACACUUGUUGCCAUGUUUUACUUAAUCUUUAAUAUAUUUUAAUUAAAAAAACCAUUAACAGUA